UGGGUACAAAACGCAUAUCCAAAUACAUUUAAAGUUGAACUCAUUUCGUAAUUCCCUAUCACUGUAACUCACGUUUCUGAAAAUAUUGUUGGUAAAUAAAUCACAUAUAUGAAAAUAAUUAAUUAGUAAUAAGUCACAUGUACGAAAAUAUAAAUAAUUAAUUAACUUGAAAUAAUUAAAAAAUACACGGCCUUGUAGUAUUGUGCCUUGUCUUCAAAAGGGUGGUGCACAUACGUAAAUAAUGUUUGUUACUUCUAAAAAAUUAGCAAAAAAAAAAAAAAAGGAAUAAAAGGCCAAUCAAUAAAGGACACGUUACAUAUUUAAUUGAGAAUAGAAGCUCUCCCCCUUCUCAAAUCCCAAUUGAGAAUAUAUAUACAGUCAGUAACAAUAAAGUUAUUAUUACAAAAACCCCCUAUUCACAAAAUCAUUAAAAUGGCUUCCUCAGAGUAUAGUAGUGUGCUUCCCCGUAAGCAUAGCAAUAGAAACUCCACUAACCACCACAAUGAGCGUCUAAAACCAAACCGUAGUAAGAAAACCAAAAAUAACGUCGUAGUAAACUCAAUUUCCAAAAUCAAAUACUACCGUGCUGAGAUUCCAGUUGAAAAAAUUGCUAGGAGAUUGUCUAAAAAAAUGGGGUAUGUACGUACCUCCUCCAAGGGCUGCACAUGAAAGUGCGGUUGUGGAGUUGCCAACAAGCCAGGUCACAUGUCUACUGAGUUAGUUUUCACUAUAAUAGUGAAAAGUGACUCGGUUGGAGACAUUGGGGUUAAGUACAACAUAAGGGAGAGUCAGACUUUCGAAGCCGUGUACGAAGAUUACGCUGUUAGGGUUGACUACAAGAACAAGGCGGAUCUUAAAAUUAAGAAGCAUAAUGUUCCAAUCCCUCCUUGUUGCACACCAAAUACAGCUGGUGUUGUUGAUAAUGAUGUACUCAUAGUGUAUGGGAAGGCCCCCGAAGACAACAUGAAUGUGAGGCGGAAGCUUUUCUGGGUGAGGGAUGUCAUGACUACUCCGCGGAAGAAGAUGGUGUCCGCAAAGCUAGUAACUCCUCUUCGCAGGCGGUACAUCAUGUGGGGGGCAACAAUCAAUGAAGACAGGGCUAAGAUGGUGGUCAUGUACGAGAACGAGGUCCUUACAAGCAUUCAGACGGUGGAACAAGCGAAGAUCAAGAACAAAUACGAGGUGUUUGCCCUUCCUGUGUCGGUAGUUAACGAAGACUUCUAAGUAACAUAGCCAACCCCUUUUGUGUUAGUGGUUCCCUUUUGAUGUUGUGUCAUUGCCGAUUUUACACAUGCCACUACACAAUAGACAUGUUUUGUGCAACAGCUGCCUUGCGUUUAUUUCGUAAAUUAAGUCACACCUUAUUUUGGUGAAUGAUUAGGCAUAUAUGUAGUAAAGUAUGAUUAUGAUUAGGCAUAAAUGUAGUAUGUAAUUAUGACUA